AUCAAAAUGUCUUUUACGAAUCCGUAGUGAUGGUGGCUGGCUUCCUUGCAAACAUAGCGUCAUAAAUUACAUUUAUUCGUAAAUUUACUACGUACAAAAACUGUUAAAUAAUAUUUUUAUAGUGUUAUAAGUGCUCACGAAGUUACACAAUCAAUCGAAAAUGAGUUCAAGUGUGUGCUACAAAUGCAACCGGACCGGACACUUCGCCCGCGAGUGCACGCAGGGCGGUGUCAACACACGGGACACUGGUUUCAACCGCCAGCGCGAGAAGUGCUUCAAGUGCAACCGCACCGGACACUUCGCGCGCGACUGCAAGGAGGAGGCCGACCGUUGCUACAGGUGUAACGGUACCGGGCACAUAGCGCGCGAGUGCGCGCAGAGCCCCGACGAGCCGUCGUGCUACAACUGCAACAAGACGGGCCACAUCGCGCGCAACUGCCCCGAGCGCGGCGCCGACAGCUCCGGCCAGACCUGCUACAACUGCAACAAGGCCGGACACAUCAGCCGCAACUGCCCCGACGGCACCAAGACCUGCUAUAUGUGCGGCAAGCCCGGCCACAUCUCGCGCGACUGCGAGGACGCCGAGCGGAACUAACACGAGCCCCGUCCGUUCUCAUCACCGAUCAUAUGUAUAUGCCACGCACGGACUGUAAGCAAAGGACGAUAGGACGAACACCAUAGACUGUACGAAAACUAUGACAGGAGUAGACGGUAUUCUCGAUGGACUGAGGAGUAUGAUUUAAAAUGACUCGCUCGAGUCGCCCGCCGCGAGCCGCGCGAUAGGUUAAUGUUUGUUCUUGCACGUGAAGAGUUGUGUUUUUAAAUCAUUUAAUUGUGGGAGAAGAAACUAUUUGAUGUGGUAAGGUAGCGUUACAGAUUAUAUAUUUAAUAUAUUUUGUACAGAUUUAUUUGUCAAAAGAUAAAUUGGGAUACUGGUGUAUCGUGAGUUUUCAAUGAAGAAUGUUGGGAGGCCCCGGAACAAUCGGAACCCCUGACGUUGUCCGUUACGAUAUGAAAUGUAGACGUCGCUCAUCCUGUAGUACUGCGGUCCGAGUCUCACUAUAUCCUGAACUGUUGUGAUAAUUUCAUUUGUUUUAUUUAUCAGUUCCUUUGUUUAUGAGGUCCUGCUGACUUGUGGAGAAUUCAGUGUUUAAUUAGAAAAUAAUCAAUCACUAUAUUUUUUAUUUGGUUAUCCCUGUCAAUGUGCCUAUGUACUUGUAAAGAUAUCAGCUUUCAGUGGGAGAUGAAAAUAAUAAAAAUCUUGCCUUAUUUCUA